UCUAUUUGGGCGGAGUUUAUGGAAUUGUUAUGAAAAGAUGUCAACUGCGCUGCUUCGUUCCUUUUUCCUCUUUCUUCUUCUAUUUCACUUCUCUCUCUCCCUAGAGAUACAAGUUUUUAACGGGACAGAACUUCUCCGUACGUACGAAGACUCCUCUGCCUACAGUGAUAGUCGUUCUACUUUGAUAUACAAACAAGAGGCUCUCCUUUAUUAUCCUGUCCCUCGUAAUGCUUGUUCUACGAUAGAGAACGACCCAAUGAACGAGUCUGAUGAUAAUUAUUAUGUAGCUUAUGUGCCUGACUAUGAUGCUUGUCCAGGGACUAAUAUUCGUAUGGUACAGGAUUCAGCCUCCUUCAGUAUCAUGUUGACCUAUUCCCCAAGCGGUGCCACACUCUCUGAUAGGGACUUUGUUACUGUUAUAAUUGAUGACAAAUCUUUUGCUGACUAUCUUGAAAAUUUACUUGACUCCAGUCCUCCUGGUUCCAUUUCACUUAUCUUUACUGAGGACCUUUGGGGUUUGUAUGAGAAGAUUAUCCUAAUAAUGUGUAUGGUCCUAAUGUGUGCCAUAUCACUUGCCAUUUGUAUCUUCCUAUGUACAUAUUGUACGAGAUGGAGUUGGUAUAAAUGGCGUCAGAGAGGACUGACCAGGUGGCGUAUCAGACAGUUGCCACAGCGACGCUACAAACCUGACAAAGAGACUACACAAACCUGUCCAAUAUGUCUUGAGGACUUCAAAGAAGGAGAGAAACUAAGAGUAUUACCCUGUGACCACAUAUUUCAUCCACCAUGUGUUGAUGAAUGGCUACAGAAAUGGCAGAGAGUCUGUCCACUUUGCAAGUCCCUGAUAUCAAGGAGGAGGGAGAGGAGGAGAGAAAGGUCACCUUUACUUCAGAAUGAAGGAGGAGGAGGGGAAGAAGAACCAAGUACUAGUGGUAGAAGAGGUACUUAUGGAUCUAUUGGUGGAGAUGAUCCUCCUGAAGCUGAAGUGUCUCAAGAAAGAGAGAGAGAGAGGGGGGAAGAGAAUGAGCUAAAUACUUAAUGGAGUUUAUUAAUUCACUUUCUGUAUCAUAAAUGAUAAUGACUUAUUAUUAUUAUUGUUAUUAUUAUUAUUAUUAUGCUCACUUUUGUUUGUUAUUUUUAUUGCAAGCUCAAAUCUGAACUAUCUUCUCCGAGCAAUUAUUUCUGUCAUUAUUUAGUUAUUAUUUUAUUAUUCUACUAUUGUUAUUAAUUUUGGCUUGUAAAACUACUAAAAAGU